CUUUCAAAAAACAACUUCACAAUCUUCUGAAAAAGGAAACAGUGGGAGCAAACCUUUUUAUUCUGUCUGAAUAAUGGUUUGGAAAUGGAUGAUUCUUCUUCAACCCUAAACAUGAUCGGAGCUUCUCCACAGCUGCCCUACGCCACCAUGUAUCGUCAUCGGUAAGUCCUUCCUCUACUUUGUUUCCUUUCCAUUUUUCUUCUUCUUUUUUUUAUUAUAUAUAUUAUCAUACAUUUCUGGAAUUUAAUUUUUCUUCCAUCUCUCCUUCUCAAAAACUGUUUACUGAGUACUGCUUUGUUUUAAGAUCUUAAGUGAAUUCUUUUACUCUGUUUUUGCUCUUCUUUUUUUUUUAAUUUUUUAUUCUCUUCCUUUGUUCUAUGAAAAUGGGUACACUGGAACUGAGACUUUUGGAUUAGUUGUUGUUUUCAUAAGUUUCUGUUUUGGAAUUUGUUUUCUCCCUUUUUGGAUGAGUUUGGCUUGGCGGAGGUUGAGAACGGCGCAGAGUUGAUGGUCUAAAGAUCAUUCAAUGGAAGAAUCUGUAAUAAGUGAUUCUCUGGGUUGGUUGGUUUGCUUUCGUUUUAGGAGGCUUUAUGGCUGUGCUCAAGUACUCCACUUGGUGGUAGUUCUGUUGCUGAGCGGUGCUAUCCUUGCCGCCUGUGAGUCUCAGGUGGAACAUACUGGGUGCAAGUCGUUUGCUGAUAAUAUUAACCCAGAUAUCCAAGAUGUGAUUUCUGGCGAGGAUUUAGGGUUUGAAUCAGGCAAUUUAGACCACCGUGGGCGUGGAAGCAGGUACCUUGAUAAUGUAUGUCAUGAUUCAAAUUUGUUCUGCUUUCGUUCUACAUUACCUGGGUUAUUAUCCCAAGACCAUGAUGCUGAACCUAAGUCAGCUGAAGUCUCUGGUGCCGGGUCAGUUGCUACAUCACAUGCAAGAUCAACUCACAUGAGAGCUAACAUUAGCUGGUCUUCAGAUUGUGACAUUUUCAAGUUUACCAGUGGUAGGACUAUCUCUUGCUCUCUGAAUUCCCAGAAGGGUUGUGGUCUCGAAGGACAUGAUGCUUCCUGCAGGGAGCCUUUCCUUGGCCGUAAAACUCAGUAUGUUGAAUCAAACAAAGGUUUGGUAACUGAAAAGUCUGGGAUUUCUUAUGACUUCUCUCCCAACGUGGAAGUAAGUCCUGCUCAUUUGGACUGGGGACAGAAGUAUUUGUUCUUCCCCUCUGUAGCUUUUGUAGAAGUUACAAACACCCAUAGAGAUGACCUUUUGACAAUUUAUGAACCUUACAGUACAAAUGCUCAGUUUUAUCCCUGCAAUUCUAGUGAAAUACUGUUGGAACCUGGUGAAUCUGUCUCAAUGUGCUUCGUGUUUUUGCCUACAUGGUUAGGGUUGGCUUCAGCUCGCUUUGUUCUGCAAACAAGUUCCGGUGGUUUCUUGAUUCAGGCUACAGGCUUUGCUAUCGAGUCGCCUUACAAAAUACAGUCUUUAGUUGGCCUGGAUGUUUCCUCUAGUGGAAAGUGGAGAAAGAAUUUGUCCUUGUUUAAUCCUUUCGAUGAAGCUCUUUAUGUGGAGGAGGUAGUUGCUUGGAUAUCAGUUUCAGCUGGGAAUACUUCCUACUCAACAAGAACUGUAUGUGGUAUGAAUAGCAUUGAGGAUCAACAUGAAUCUUUGCUCACUGUUAAGGAGUGGAUAGAUGUGAAAAGUAGCGAAGUUGGUCUUCCGCUAGUUUCAAUGAGGCCCCAUAGAAGCUGGGAGGUUGGUCCUCUCAAGACUGAGACCAUCAUGGAGCUUGAUGUUUCUUUUCCUGGAAAAGGAAAUAUUUUUGGUGCCUUUUGUAUGCAGUUGCAGAGAUCUUCAACACUGGAGACUGAAACAGUUUUGGUCCCUCUUGAAGCGGAACACCGUGAAAAUACAGUAAAUAUUGAGCAUGCAAGUCCUGUUUCCCUAUCUCUUGAGAUCCUAGUUCCUUAUGGUAGUACUGGUAACGUUGUUAUUAAUUUGUCUAUGAAAAAUGAUGCUCCAUAUGUUGUGAAAGUUGUGAAGAUUAGUGAAGUGGGAGAUAGCACAAACCUCUUUCAUAUCAAAUAUGUUGAAGGGAUCGUUCUUUUCCCUAACACUGUUACUCAAAUUGCUUCUAUUUCCUUGCGAAUGCUUGACACACUAUCCGAGCUUAGUGGAUCAAAUAUGAACUGUGAAUUGCUGGUGUUGACUAAUGAUUCAAGAAACGACAGGAUUAAAGUUUCUUGCAGAGACUUGGUCCAUAUUUGUUCAAGGCAUAUAAUUGAUUCGUCUGUUGGAUCAGUGCAAUGGUCUGAAUCUGUGGGAAGUGGCAAAAUACAGACACAACCUUCAAACAGUGCAAAAAAGCGGCUGUUGUUGAAUGAGGUAAUGAAUUCCCCUGCAGUGGAUGAACUCGUUCUGAAGAACUGGAAGUCUCAUGCUACAGUAAGUGGCACGUCCGUGCUUGAUGACAAUGAAGUAUUAUUUCCAGUUGUUGAGGUUGGAAAUCAUUCUUCCGCAUUUGUUAAUGUCAGAAACCCAAGUGAUCAACCUGUCGUUAUGCAACUUAUUUUGCAUUCUGGGGAAAUUAUAGAUGAAUGCAAGGGAGUAGAUGGGCCCUUGCAGCCCUCUGCCUCUAGCAGUUUGAGCAGCACUGGAGAAGCUUCCCCCGCGAGGUAUGGUUUCUCAACUGCAGAGGGAGCUUUGACUGAGGCUCUUGUACAUCCAUUUGGUAGAGCUUCCUUGGGUCCAUUGCUCUUUCAACCAUCAGAUCGAUGUGGAUGGAGAAGCUCAGUGCUUGUAAGGAACAAUCUCUCUGGUGUGGAGUGGUUAUCAUUGCGUGGUAUUGGUGGGUCAUUCUCCAUGGUGUUGUUUGAAGAGUCUAGACCUGUACAGAGUUUGGACUUCAAGUUAAGCUUUCCCACGCUGCAUGUUUCUUCUUCUCGGGAUAUGCAGAAUGUGGAAGAAACAAUCCAUGUUUGCUCUCAGCCCAUAGUGAAGGAGUUAUAUGCUAGAAAUAUUGGAGAAUUGCCCUUGGAGAUCAGAAGCAUUAAAGUUUCUGGAACAAAAUGUGGAUUGGAUGGAUUUGCUGUGCAGACGUGUAAAGGUUUUCGUCUUGAGCCUGGGAAUGCAAUGAAGCUCAUAAUAACAUAUCAAAGUGACUUUUCUGUGGCUACAAUACAUAGAGAUCUUGAAUUGGUCUUGGGAACUGGUACCGUUGUGAUUCCUAUGAAAGCAACUCUACCUCUUUACAUGCUAAGUUUCUGUAAGAAGACAAUUUUCUGGAUGCGCGUGAAGAAAUUUGCUGUCGCAGUCCUUGUUACUGCCUCUGUAUGUUUUCUAUUGCUUGGUUGCUUCCUUCCCUGUAUGGCAAGCUUUAGCCAAGGUUACUUCUUUAAGACUGCAAAAAGAUCCAUUUCUGCAACAAAAGUUGAAAAAUCUUCGUAUGCAGAUCAAAGCCAGAAAAGAUAUGGUAAGCUUACUCUGUCUGCUAGAAUGAAUGGUCUAUUGAGGUCCAUUGGGGAGGAGCAGUCCCAUCUGCUGGAACCUUCUAGUAGAUUUAAUGAUGGUCGAGGUGUUACCAAACAACAAAUUUCGACUGCGAAGGCUGCCAAGUCUGCUGUGGUUUUGGAGAAGAGCAGUAGUUUCAAGGAUAAAGAAAAGGUAUUGACACCUCUGGUUCCUGCAAUCAUGAACUCAGUGGCAGUUGAUAGCUCUGAUAGUCGAGAGAUGUCUCAAACUGGAAACCUUAAAGUCAAAACUGGAAAGGAUAAAGGGAGGCGACAAAAGAAGAAAAAGAACUCUGGAAAUGGCAUAGCUGGACUCUUUGAAGUUUCAAGUAGUCAAAGCGGCAAUUCAACACCUUCAUCACCAUUGUCACCAGCAUCGUCAUUAACUCCUAAAACAUCACGGCCCGUUUCUCCUGAAGUGAAUUAUACUACUCAUGCCAGGGAUCGAUUUGCAGUUCCCGUUCAACGCUGUGAAAGUCGUAGUUCCUCUCAACCCAGAUCCAAGGGAAAUGUUUUGCCUUCUGAUUCUGUGAAACCUUAUGGUAAGAAGAAUCAUCCUUGGGGUGUUUCUACUCAGGAGAAGCUGGAUGUAUUGCCGAGGAUGCCUGGAAAGCCUGUGUUACUACCCUCUGCGACCUUCCCAAGUGCUGGCAGGCCCAAUUCCCUUUGGUCAUCCCGUCCAACUUCUCUGGCUUCUACAUCUACAAUUGCUCCACAUGCUCGGGCACCUGGUUCGAAACUGCAGGAGCAAAAAGCGGUUAAAACCGAAACCAGGACAGAGUUUGAGGAUCAGUUUAGGUAUGAUAUCUGGGGUGAACAUAUCUUUGGAGUUCCAUAUAUGGAUAGGUCAAAAGACACUUCCGGAUUGAAGCCUCAUACUACAGAAAACACCUCAUGUAGCUUUUUUGUAACAGGUCCACAAACCCUAAAGUCAAUUGCUCAACCUGACACAAAGAAUUGCUAUAAUGAAGUGGGUUAAUAAUAAAAGAAAAUCAAUAUUUUAAAACUAUAUGUGUGUGCAAUCUACAGAAUCCCUUUUCUCUGCUUUUUUGGGUUAUAUGUGUUUUGGUUGAUCUUGGUUAUAGAAUCUUUGCAUGAGAAAAUCCAAGUUAGAAUACCCCAGUCGGAUGACCCUUCCCUUGAUGUUCUGUUCUUGGAUAAACAUAUACACAGUAAAUCUUAGGUUCCUUCAAACGAACAAGACUCAUCAAGUGGAAAUUCCUGUGGCUUACUAGGUUAACGAAAUAGAGAAGUGCUAAUAUUGUUUUCACGAUACGAACUCAAUAACGCCGGCUUACAGAUUUAAUCAUUUUCAAAUGGUAAAACAAAUGUCAAUGUCGUAUCACCACCC